GUUGCUCCAGGAUCAUAUGGAUGUUUACGAGCCCAUUGGGGAUGAUUUGCCGGAACGUGAGAAUAGGUUAAAGCUACAGGAUUUAUACCAACGUUUCUGUGCAUUCCUUCGUAGAGGAAGUGCUUUUGUACAUCUAUGUACAGCAGCUGCUGUAUUUCUGUUUGCAUUCGGUAUAUUCGCGGUUAUUGGUAAAUCUAGUGGCCCUAGUGACUGGGAGAUUGCUAUUCGCAAUGAGCUUUUACAUCGCAACUUUGAGAAUCACGCUACUGUUCUGGGUGAGUACUCCGAGGACCCGGCUGCCAUAAUCGUUGAGGCACUCAAACGUGACCAGGUACUGAUUGGUGCUUCCACUGCAGUAGAGCUCUAUAUCCAAUUCAAUGACUUUAACCGUGACUUCAAACGCCAUGAUAAUAGCAUAUCUGAGAAAAUCGAACGUUUUGCUACAUUCUACCGGAAUGUUACACGGAUCCGGGAGUUCAAUAUGAAUGUCCACAAAACAUAUACUAUGAAAAUCAAUCAAUUUGCGGACAUGACACCUGAACAGUUCAUGUCACUCCAGGGUACCCGAGCGUCAAAGAUACGAGUUAGUAAAGGGAUACCCGAUUCACAAGUGGCGGCUGUGGGUAACCAAAAAGGACCUAAUUUGAAAUCUGAGGUUAGGCAAACUGGGAAUCGAUUUGCCGACAUAUCACCGGAGGACUUCAUUGAUCUACGUAAAGACAAUUACAUGACCCCUGUUAAAGACCAGGGUAAUUGCGGAUCAUGCUGGGCAUUCUCUCUCAUUGGUGUCGCCGAGCCGUUUUUUAAACACAAGCGGGACAUUGACGUUGUGCUAAGUGAACAGAAUCUAGUGGACUGUGUGAAGGAGUGCCAUGGAUGUGAUUAUGGCAAUUCCUACUUUGCCUACGAAUACAUACGUGACCAUGGUGUAUACCGGUUGGCAUCAUAUCCAUACACCGCCAAGAGCGGACCCUGUGUGGAACCGUUGAACGAACCCAGGUUAACUAUAUCACGGUUUGGCCUAUCGGAAAACCCGGAUUUACCACAAUUAUUAAAGCAGUAUGGACCCCUAACUGUAUACGUAGCUGUUAACGUAGAUUGGCAGUUCUACAGUUCGGGUAUCCUUGACAGCUGCGCUGAUGAAAUAAAUCACGCAGUGGUACUUGCAGGGGUAGGUCAAGAUGAUGACGGACCCUUCUGGCUAAUUAAAAACUCCUGGGGAACCUCUUGGGGCGAGGAAGGCUAUGUUAGACUCGCGCGUGGAAGCAGCGCUUUUGACAACGAGUGUGGCCUGGCCCACAUGGCCCUGUAUGCGAGCGCCUAGGCUCGUUGAGUCAGCCUGACGCACGUUGUACGUGCGUAU